AUGGACAACGUGAAAUUACGCAGCACGGAUGAGGAUGAAGAUCUGCACUCCACAGAUCCAGAGAGCAAAGACAACAGCAAAGAUAAAAAGACGCUGUGCAAAGUGAAGUGGUCACGAGACGAGGAUGAAAAGCUGAAAAAACUUGUUGAGCAACAUGGAACUGAAUCCUGGAAAUUAGUUGCAACCUUUUUCCCUGGGAGGACAGAUGGUCAGUGUCAGCACCGCUGGCAGAAGGUGCUCAAUCCAGAGUUAGUAAAAGGACCCUGGACAAAAGAGGAGGAUCAGAAGGUGAUUGACCUGGUGCACAAGUAUGGCCCCAAGCGGUGGUCAGUAAUCGCAAAGCACCUGCAGGGAAGGAUUGGAAAGCAGUGCAGAGAACGGUGGCACAACCACCUGAACCCAGAGGUGAAGAAGUCUUCGUGGACUCAGGAGGAGGAUCGAAUCAUCUACGAAGCUCACAAACGGCUCGGCAACCGCUGGGCGGAGAUCUCGAAACUUCUUCCCGGACGGACAGACAACUCCAUCAAGAACCACUGGAAUUCCACCAUGAGGAGGAAAGUGGAGCACGAAGGUUACCUGCAGGAUGGCUUCAAAGUGCUUACGUCCUCCACCAAGAGACGUCAAAGUAAAAGCUCCACUCCGACAGAGCACUGUGACCACAGUCCUCUGCCUGUGACAGGACCCAGCCAGAUGGCUGGUUUCCCGUACGAUCCUACCAGUAGACGCAUGAUGGACAGCAUUCCUGAACGCUCUAACUUUGUGCCCCCGUCCUGCCUGGAUGAUCCUGACAGAGAGCAAAGAAUUAAGGAGCUUGAGCUGCUGCUUAUGUCAGCAGAAAGAGAAGUCCAGCGACAAAUGCAGUGCAGAGGUUCCUGUAGUGUGAGUUCUGUGGAUUCGUACCCGGCCUGGUCAGGCAGCGCCUCGGGUGAAACAUUUACCACAAGUAGCAGCAGCCUGGCGGAGCCGGUGGAGAGAGGACCCUGGAGGGGUCCUCAAGCACAACUUCCUGUUUCUCCCAGCAAGUUCCUGUCCGUAGAGGCCAGCGCUGUGCUCUGUAGCUUGCAGACUAUGCCAGAGUUUGCAGAAACUAUGGAGCUAAUUGAGUCAGAUCCCGAAACAUGGAACAGCGUGGCCGCUUUCAAUUUGCAGAACGCAGCACCGUCGUCCAGGCACAACCAAGCAGGCUACACCAAUCUGCAGGAGAAAACCGUUUAUGACUCAAUGGGUUUCACCGUCAACACUCCCGCUGCCGCCUCAGGCCAUGACAGGAGCACGACUCCUUUUGGCUUGGGAGGUGCCACCUCUCGGAUAGGCACAGGCUCAUCCAAACCCACCCAGGCAUCCACUGGGAGGAAGAGGAGAAGAGACAGGGGGGAACCUUUGUGUGGCAAGACUUGCUCCUCCUUCUUGGAAAACAGCUCACCCAAGAAAACUCCCACCAAGUCACAGCCAUUCACUCCUUCACAGUUCUGCAACAUAUCAGGAACAGAUCACCUGAGUCUGGAUGACCCCACCCUGACCUCAACUCCUGUGUGUGGUCAAAGGUGCCUCCUCAACACGCCCCUCCACAAAGUAACCACGCCUAAGCACCAGAAAGAGAAUGAUGGUUCCAGGACCCCUACGUUUCGUAAAAAUGCUGCAACUCCAAGGACGCCAACUCCGUUUAAAAACGCUUUGGCUGCCCAGGAAAAAAUGCACGGCCCCCUGAGGAUGGAGCCCCAGCCUUUGGCUCUUCUAGAAGAGGACAUUCGAGAAGUUCUGAAACUGGAGACUGGAACAGACAUUUUCCACAAAACAGACUACCAGUCAGACCACAGAGCCUGGAAACAUAAUAUGGAUGGUCCAGCUAGAAAAGUGCGCAAGUCUCUUGUUUUAGACCCUUGGCACAAAGACAAUCUGGAUGUCCAACUCUUCCAGGAGCAGCUGAACAAUGCACAGAUUUCAGAGGAGAGUCUACUGACGAGCUCGUCUUCAUUGAUCCUCCCGACUACUGAGCAAGAGGAGGGUGGGCAGCCUUUGGCUUCUGAGGAAGACAAGUCCUCUUCAGGAGUUCAGAGUCUUCCUUGUGGUUUUACCAGCCCUCGUAAGGCUUCCUCCUCAAACAAAGCGCCAAAACCUGCCCAUGCACAGGUGAGCGAGUGGGAAGCAGUGGUUUUUGGGAAGACUGAGGACCAGCUGAUCCUGACGGAACAGGCUCGUCAGUACCUGACUCCCUACUCCUCUUCUGGCUCUACCUCAAGGGCUCUCGUGCUCUAA